CUAUUCAAAACCUCAUCGUUUAAAGUCAACAAAUAAUUCGACAUCGCAGACAAUAAUCAUCAUUUCUUAAUAUCCGCAACAAAAAGCAAAAGCAUUGAUGAUUAGACAAAACAUGAAUUCUGGGUCUCUUCAGGCGGUUUGCUAAAAAUGAGAGGAACUGUGUGAGCCACGCCCACGUGUAACUAGUAUAAGAAGCGGUAGAUAAAAAAGAAUUUUCACAACAACUGGUUAACGAUGGCAGACAACAAUGGGGAUGCACUGGACCACCAAGAAGGACAAAGCAUAGACUGUGCGACGAAAUAUGAAAACAAUAAACCGAAAUCCACAGGCAUCCCUUUAUCCACGAAACUGUGCUACGCCAUUGGAGGGAUGCCUUAUCAAAUGACUUCAAACGCCAAAGGAUUUUUCAUGCAGAUCUUUUUAUUGGAUGUUGUAAAGAUGGGGGCCUCUUAUGCAGCCAUCAUUCUCUUUCUUGGUCGAGCUUGGGAUGCUAUUACUGAUCCUCUCAUUGGAUAUGCCGUGAGCAAGAGUGGCCGCACAAAAAUUGGCAAACUUAUUCCCUGGAUUGUGUUCUCAAUGCCGUUAGGGGUCCUGUCCUACAUCAUGCUCUGGUAUACUCCACAGGACACCAUGUCCCCUGCCUUUAGUUUUUGCUGGUACUUCGCAUGGUGUUGUCUGUUUGACACCUUCAUGAGUUGCUACCAUGUGCCGUAUUCUUCCCUAAACAUGUUUCUGGGGGGCAAUGACAGAGAUCGAGAUUCAGCAACUGGCUACAGGAUGGGAAUGGAAAUUUUUGCUACAUUGGCUGGAGCCGCCAUUCAGGGUCAGAUAGUGGGAGUUCAUCAUGCUAAAAGGUCACAGGUCUGCAGGACGCAGAAUAACAGAACAAAUGUGUCCAUCAUCAACAACAACAACACAGACUCCCUUGGUGAAAUAUCCAUGAACCUUUAUAAUACAAGACGAGCUUAUGUGACCGCUGCACUCAUUUUAGGAAUGCUGUAUUUUUUGUGUUGCCUUGUGCUUUUUCUAGGAGUGAAGGAGAAACUGGCCCCACUAAGUAAACUGGACAGCAUGAGUAUGCCUUACCUAACUGGUAUGAAGAUGGUGGUGUGUCACGUUCCAUAUGUGAAGCUUGUAUUUGGCUUCCUAUUUGCUUCACUGGCUUUCCAGAUGGCUCAGGGGAAUUUCGCCCUCUUCUGUACUCAUGCAGCAGAUAUGGGAGCAUAUUUCCAACAUCUUGUUCUUAUAUUAUUGACUGCAGCCACAUUUUCUACACCAUUGUGGCAGACACUAUUGGUCAAACUAGGAAAAAAGACCACAAUAUUCAUCGGCCUAUCAACUUAUAUUCCAUCUCUAAUUGUAAUAUCCCUAGUGAGGAGUAAUUUACCCAUCUUCGUUAUUAUGUCUGUGUUGGCUGGCACCAGUCUGGCAGCACUCUAUCUGCUUCCAUGGUCAAUGUUGCCAGAUGUUGUUGAUGACUUUAAGGUUAAGAACCCAUCUUGCCAGGAUCUAGAACCGUUGUUUUAUUCCUGUUUUGUUUUCUUCAAUAAAUUUGGAGGGGGCAUGUCUGUUGGAGUCUCAACCUUGGUACUACAUUUUGCAGGAUACCAGCCUGGAGCCUGUAAACAUAAUCCAGCAGUCAUAUAUUCACUGCGGAUGCUUUUCGCUCCUGUACCCAUCUGCCUGCUUCUGAUGAGCUUAGCUGUGUUUUACUUUUAUCCUAUCAAUGAAGAGCGACGGCAGGAAAUCCAGAUGGCAUUAAAGAAAGCAGGGGGAGAAAACAACGACAAAGGAGAAGAACUGGGUAUGAAGUAAUACACUGUCAUGCCGUUUACUACUCUUGUUCAAUGAGGCUUCUACAACUGUUCAUCGUGAAGAUGUUUGUUUCUUGUCAGUGUAAAGUCUUUAUCUGUUUAUAUUAUAAACAACGUUUCUUAAGCCCCCCACAGUUUUACUAAUCUAACAGUCAUAGUUUAGAUUAUAGAGCAAUUCAUUUAUAAGCUGAUGGCUUGCAGAAGGGAAACGUUCAAAACCCAGACCAGGAUAACAAGAAUCACUGGCUUGAGGUGAAAUUAAACAUGCAAUGUCUUCAAAUGCUGUGUCGAACACUUCUGAUCUAUAAACAUGUAGUCCAAUUGUUUGGCCAGUCCAUCAAAUAGAGCAAUGUUGGAAAGCAUCACAGAUCUACAAUGUUCGUCCUGUUUGGAGAAAUCAACUUAAUAAUUGCGUGUCUCUGUACAUUGUGUUUGGUUUGAAAGUUUGAAUGUAUUUAUUUCACCCAAAAGUGAAAAUUGUGUCAUUUCCUCACCCUCAUGAUGUUCUAAAUCUGUAUGAAUUUUUUUUAUUUUGUUGAACACUAAAGAAGAUAUGUUGAUAAAUGAUGCACAGACAGUUGAUGGCACACAUUGACUUCUAUGGUAUUUUUGUGUGGUUAUUGUUUAUCAAAAUAUCUUAUUUUGUAUUUAACCGAAGAAAUAAACUCAUACAGGUUUAGACAUGAGAGUAAAUGAUGACACAAUUUGAUGUCCCGUUAAAGGGAUAGUUCCCCAAAAAUUAAUAUUCUGUCAUUAUUUACUCAUGUUGUUACAAACCUGUAUCAAUUUCUUUGUUCUGAUGACCACAAAGGCAGAUAUUUUGAGGAAUGUUUAAAACCAAUCCGAUCAUGAGCCCCAUUGACUUCCAUAGUAGGAGAAAUAAUACUAUGGAAGUGAAUGGAGCUCAUUGUUUGGUUACAAACGUUCCUCAAAAUAUCUUCCUUUGUGUUCAUCAGAACAAAUACAUGUAUACAGGUUUGUAACUAGAUGACAAUGAGUAAAUGAUGACAGAAUUUUCAUUUUUGGGUGAACUAUCCCUUUAACAUCAAGAGGGGAACAGAGCAGUUUUAAGCCUUAUGUGCAAUUUUAGAAAUGAAUGAUAAUUAUGACGUAAAACUGUUUAAAUAAAACAACCUUGUGUAAACGUA